GGGAGGGCUUGACACGGGGUUCCCACAGCCUGCUCCACACCACCUUCACACCCACACCCAGCAGGUCCCCGUGGGGCCGGUGCAGGCCGUGGCUGCCCGCGCUGCGCUGUUGCUCUGUCCCAGCUGGCUGGCUCCGGGUGUGGAGCACUCUGGGCCGGGGCCUCUGGGGCGCGCACAGUGGGGUGACAGGCAGCCUGGCUGCAGAAACGUUGCACCCGUGCCUGAGGUGGGAGGAUGUGAUGACGCGGCCCACGCAGCGGGAACCCAGGCCUUUAAAAAGCCCAGGAAACAGCCUCAGCGCAAGCGGUGGCUCCACUGGAGGAAAACACACCCCGGUCUCACAUUAAAGAAGCCAAACUGUCGGCUUCAAAGAGAAAAGGCAACAUCCUGUCACAGGCCAUGCUCUGGCAAAAACGCGAUGGGGCAGCGGCAGCCUAUCCUUCAUGGGACCAUGGCAGCUGACCCUGUUGUGAAUGCUCUGUGGAUGAGAGCAGCCACAGCUCCGGAGCAAGCCCCCGCCCCGGCCCGGCCAUACCAGGGCGUCCGCGUGAAGGAGCCAGUGAAGGAACUGCUGAGGAGGAAGCGAGGCCACGCCAGCAACGGGGCAGCGCCUGCACCCACGGCGGUGGUGCUGCCCCAUCAGCCCCUGGCGACCUACACCACAGUGGGUCCUUCCUGCCUGGACAUGGAAGGCUCUGUGUCUGCAGUGACGGAGGAGGGUGCUCUGUGUGCCGGCUGGCUCUCCCAGCCCACUCCGGCCACCCUCCAGCCCCUGGCCCCAUGGACACCUUACACCGAGUAUGUGCCCCAUGAAGCCGUCAGCUGUCCCUACUCAGCUGACAUGUAUGUGCAGCCCGUGUGCCCCAGCUACACGGUGGUGGGGCCCUCCUCAGUGUUGACCUAUGCCUCUCCGCCACUCAUCACCAAUGUCACGACAAGAAGCUCCGCCACGCCCGCAGUGGGGCCUCCGCUGGAGGGCCCAGAGCACCAGGCACCCCUCACCUAUUUCCCGUGGCCUCAGCCCCUUUCCACGCUACCCACCUCCACCCUGCAGUACCAGCCUCCGGCCCCAGCCUUACCUGGGCCCCAGUUUGUCCAGCUCCCCAUCUCUAUCCCAGAGCCAGUCCUUCAGGACAUGGAAGAUCCCAGGAGAGCCACCAACUCACUGACCAUCGACAAGCUGCUUUUGGAGGAAGAGGAUAGCGACGCCUACGCCCUCAACCACACUCUCUCUGUGGAAGGCUUUUAGGGGUGGCUCCCACCUGAGUCCUGUUCCCUGAAACUGGGAUUUGAAAAUGAGCCUGGAAUUGAGCCCCGAAUUCAAGCUUGUUUGGAGUAGUUAUUUGAUAACUACAGUUUCUACACACAGCUAGAAUCGUAGACUUGUAAACCUUCCUUCCCUUCUUCCU